AUGGCCAGAUUCACUCAGACUGAGACAAGAAGGGAGCAGCACCCACAGCCGCCCCAUCCCGCUUACUCCAGCCUGCUUUUCACUGGACCCGGGGCAGCACCGACCCAACAUCCACUCCUCCUUGUCCCGCACCAGCACCAGUACGCUCAGAUCCCAUUCCCAAAACCCAUGAACGGGUCAGAAUCCAUCUCCAUUCAUCCGGAGAACGGCACCAUGAAAGACCAAGAUGCCAUAAAACUCUUUAUCGGGCAAAUACCGCGGAACCUUGAGGAAAAAGACCUGAAACCCUUAUUUGAACAGUUUGGGAAAAUCCACGAAUUGACGGUAUUGAAGGACCGAUACACCGGCAUGCACAAAGGAUGCGCGUUCCUCACCUACUGCGCCCGCGAGUCAGCCAUCAAAGCUCAGAUCGCCCUCCACGAACAGAAGACGCUGCCGGGGAUGACUCGCCCUAUCCAGGUGAAGCCAGCUGACAGUGAGAGCCGUGGAGAAGACAGGAAGCUGUUUGUGGGGAUGCUGAACAAACAACAGACAGAGGAGGAUGUGUAUCAUCUUUUCGAGCCCUACGGAGUCAUCGAGGAGUGCACUGUGCUAAGAGGUCCUGAUGGAAAUAGCAAAGGCUGUGCCUUUGUAAAGUUCUCCACACAUGCCGAAGCUCAGUCCGCAAUCAGCGCCCUGCACGGCAGUCAGACCAUGCCAGGUGCCUCGUCCAGCCUGGUGGUCAAGUUUGCCGACACGGACAAGGAGCGCACCAUCCGUCGCAUGCAGCAGAUGGUGGGCCAGUUUGGCAUCUUCAACCCUGCCAUCGCCCUGCCCUUCAGCACCUACAGCACCUACGCACAUGCGCUGAUGCAACAGCAGGCGGCCCUCAUGGCUGCCAGUCACGGAGGCUAUCUGGCACCCAGUGUGGCCUUUCCCACCACCCAGAUCCACCAGAUGGGGGCGCUCAACAUCAACAGCCUGCCACCCACAACCAUGACCCCGGUGUCGGGUGACUCACCUCCCACAAACAUCACCACAUCAGCGGUCCCUAGCAUUGUCACUCCAAUCGUCAACGGCUUUACCAGCAUCCCGCACCAGCCCAACGGACACCAUGCAGUAGAGGCUGUUUACACCAAUGGUCUGUCCCCCUACUCCACCCAAAGCCCCACGGCUGCCGACACCCUACAGCAGGCCUUCACCGGGGUGCAGCAAUAUACAGGGCGGAGGGCGGGGCCGGCCAUCUACCCAGCAACCACACUGACCCCUAUUGGCCAAAGUUUGCCACAGCCACCACAAGUCAUUCAACAACAGCAGCAGAGAGAAGGACCCGAGGGCUGCAACCUCUUCAUCUACCAUCUACCACAGGAAUUUGGCGAUAACGAGCUCAUGCAGAUGUUCCUUCCAUUUGGGACAGUCAUCUCCUCCAAGGUCUUCAUGGACAGAGCCACCAACCAGAGCAAAUGUUUUGGUUUUGUGAGUUUUGACAACCCAGCAAGUGCACAGGCUGCUAUCCAGGCCAUGAACGGCUUUCAGAUCGGCAUGAAGAGGUUGAAAGUGCAGUUAAAACGGCCGAAGGAUGCAAGCCGCCCAUACUAA